AUGGAGAAAGUAUAAACCAAUUCAAUUUCAUCUAAGGAUUAUGAAUCAUCUUUGAUUGUUCACAAUAAUUAGGAGAAUUUAGAAAAUGCUGAAGGAAUUAAUAAACGUUAAAACAUUUAAAGUGGAUAUGAAUAAUCACUUGCUCUUUCAGAUGAAACAAUGAAUUAACAAAGAAGAGAAAAUAGCAACGAUUAAGUUGUAGCUUAAGAAUAAUAACAUGAAUAAGCUAAUUUUAAAUGGCUUUUCUAAUCUUGCUUCGAAAUGGCAUUGAGUUUUGUUAUUGAUUGGAUGCCAUAUACAGCAACAUUAUAUUUUAUUUCAUCAAAUAGCUCUGAAAAUAUAGUUAAUGGUUUUGGUUUAGGUUUAGUUUGGUCAAAUUGUAUUGGUCAAGGAUUACUUUAUGGAUUAGGCAGUGGUUUAGAAACAAUGGCUUCUCAUGCGCACGGCGCUCACAAAUAUAAGUAAGUUGGAUAGUUAUUCAACAAAGCUGUUUUGCUUUCCUUUAUUGUCUUUGUAGUUAUCUUGUUUGCCAUGAUUUUUUCAGAAAGUAUUUUAGGAUUGUGGAAUUCAAAUAAAGAUGUAUGUAGUAUUGCAGCAGAGUAUUGCCAAUUAAUCAUUCCUGGCUUGUUCAUUGUCAUUUUUUACUACGUUAUUAAAGCCACGCUUAAUGCAGUUAAUGAAUAUAGAAUACAAGUCUAUGUAUCUGCAAUUAAUCUAGCUACUCAUUUAAUCUAUUGCUAUAUCUUUAUCAAGGUUUUAGAUUUAAAAAUUAAAGGAGCAGCAAUCGUUUUUUGCUUAUGGGAGAUAUAAACAGUCGUAAUGCAAGUUUUAGUUGUGAUUUACAAGAAAAAAGUUAGGAGGUGCUUUGUUAAGCCAACUCUCGAAGUUUUUAAUGAUUUUUUGGGAUAUUUAAAAGUCGUUAUUCCUAUUGGUGCAAUUGUUGGUUUGGAAUGGAUUAUUUAAGAAGUUACAUCUAUUAUUGCUUCCAAUUUAUCUGAGGCUUAAUAUUCUGCUCAUAUUAUUAUUGCUUAAAUUAGCAUGUUUUGUUAUUAAUUCUUGGUUGGAUAUUCUACAGCAUCUUGUACUUUUAUAGGAAAUGAAAUGGGUAAAAAGAAUGUGGCAAACGCUAAAAAAUAUACCAUUUACACAGUUUACAUCAUUUUUGGACAUUUAGCUGUUGUUAUUAUUCCUCUCGCUCUGCUGAAAAAGUAGAUAGCAGAAUUUUUUACUGAUUCAAGCAGUACAAUCGAUGCAAUUGAAUCAGUUUAUUACUGGUUUAUCGCAGUUUUUCUGAUACAAUCAUUCACUUCUCUUAUGGGAGCUUAUAUGAGAGCUAUAGCAUAAGAAAAAUUCUGUAGUUUUGUUUAUCUAACUUCUUCAGGUGUUAUUGGUAUUUCGUCAAGCUACAGCUUGGCAUAUCCUGCAGAUCUCAAGCUAGAUGGAAUUUGGAUAGGACAAGUAAUAGCCACAGGUGUCUUUUUGCUGGCUAUGAUAAUAUAGGCUUUUAGAGUAGAUAUUAAUAAAAUGGCAAUAAUUAUUUCUAAAAGAUUAGAAGAAGAAAAUGCAGAAUUAUAAAAAGAACUUCUUGAAAAUAGAGAAGAAGAGGAAGAUGAUAGUGAAAACGAAAGUCAUAAAUAAACAGAAAAUACCUAAGAAAGAAAUAAUUCUUGA